AUGGGAUUCUUCUCCCGCCUCCUCACCCUAUUCGGGUUGGUCUUGCUCGCCCAUGCAGGCUACUCUGCCCACGAACACACCCUCCUAACCAGCAGCACCAGCAGCUCCCGCCUCAACCCGCUCCACUCCACCACCACCACAACAACCACGCACCUCCCGCCGGACAUCAUCAUCGAAGCCCUGGUGUCAUUGAUCAUUGUCUCCGUGGGCCUUGUCCUGGGCACCGAGAAACUCAAACCCAUUAGCUGGAGCGAAUGGGCGGGCCAGAUCGAGCGCGAGGGGAAAGGGCGUCAUCCGUAUCGGCGGUUGGAGGAGCGGUAUGGGUUUUGGGAUGUUAGGGCGAAGAGAAAGGAGUUUGCGGAUUGGAUCCGGGCGACGGACUUGGGGGAGGUGGUUGAGGAGAAGCAAUGA